AUUGUAAAUGGAGGAUGGUCUAUUCAUUAUUUCAUUCGGGUUGCAGAAUUGAGGGAGAGAGGAGAUUGAAAUUCUAAAUUGGAAACCAACCCCGAAUGGCAUGACAAAAAUAGUGAGAAAAAAGGAAGAAGGAACGAUUGGUUGCUUUAAAAUAGUCGGAGCACCUGGGAAAAUGAAAAGGGAAGGAAAUCUUGGCGAUGAGGAGAGGCAGUUAGUAUCGUGGGGUCGACCGUUGAUGGAAUAAUCAGGAAAAUUGCGGUGGCAGCGGCUGGUUGCGGUUUUCAGAUGGUGAAGAAACAGCCAUUCCAAGAAACCCUCAAGAACGAAGCGCUUCGUGGACACUUUGAAUGUUUCGUUCUAUUGGUUCCUCGACGAAAUUUCAUCCGUCAUCGUACCCGUCAUCCGUUGUCGUCCACAGUUCAUUGGUACCAGCUUGAAUGAUUUUUCAGUGCGAAUUAGCGUCCCUGUACAUUGUUUUUUCAUGCGAAAAAGAGAAUAAUCGCGUUUUUUGGGUUAUGCCGUCGAUAAAGAGGAGGAGAUGCGCAACAUUCAGUCGAAGAAGGAAGGUUGAAGAUCCUUUUCUCUUAAAUGAAGGGAUUUCUUCUGUUCGGCAUCUUUUCAUUGUCAAUGGAGCUUGUUAGGGAAGAUACGGAUGCAGACACAGAGGAGGUGGAUGCAGAAACCACUUCCCUCGUUUCCCCUACCAGAGAAGAGUUCUACCAAAACACCAGCUUCCCAAAUGCGGUGAGGCGAACGGCCUACCAUUUCGAUGGGAUGGGCAAUUACUUUACCAAAGAGUGGAAUCUCACCGAAGGCCGGGGAAAGGAAUUCUGUUGGUACCAUGUGGAGCUUCCCAAAGAGAACCAAAAGCUAUCACUGUCUGCCCAGCAUCUCAUUGACGUACUCUGUCCGCCAUUAAAGCUCCAAGACAUCCUUGCCUUGGUUAGCAAUGGCCCCUUCUGCGGUUACGUGGAUGGCGCUCUGGUUUUCCGUGUUAAUUCUGCUGGCCCUCCAACCAGCAAGUUCACUCACCGGCUCGCCGCAAGGGUCACCGAGAAAUCGGUUAUCACUGUUUCUCUCGGACGCGUCCCUAGAUUGGGAUUCAAACGAAUGGAGAAAUCUCUACUCUAUGAGAUUCCAAGGGUGGAGAAGUCCAAUUUGAUGUACGGCGAGGGGAGAGCUGAAUCAAGUGUCGAUGUGAUUUCAGAGAAUGAGUUCGAGAGUGUGACUGUUAUCAAGGAACAUGUGCUUGAAUUUCUAUUGACGAUGAACCACUCUGAAGAGGCCGACAAUCCGGUGCCAAAGACAGUUUCGAAUCUUAUUGUUCACAUCGUUGAUACCCAUAUGGAUCAGUUGCAGGAUAUAGUGACUACACUUGGGUUGGAACUGGAUACAGUUGAGCUCGAAUUGGACAAAGGUGGCUUUGUAUUGAAAAAGCAGAUGUUGGAUGAGAGAAGAUUUCCGCAAAUGCAUUUAAAUUUGCAACGCCUCCUACAGGUAAUUGCUCAUGGUGAGCAAGUUUUCCCUCGUGUUAGAGAGAGAUGUGCAUCAAGGAGUUGGUUUGCUAGUGAAGAUAUUGUGGCACUUGAAGAACUGAUUAGCCGCCUCAGGAGGCUGAAAGAAAAUGUGGGCUUUAUAACCAAUCGUGUUACGGCUAUUCAGGCUGGCCUAGAUAGUUGGCAAGCAGAGCAAAUCAAUCGGAAACUUUACUAUCUUUCUUUCCUCUCCCUCGUGUUUCUUCCUUUAUCAGUUGUUACUGGAGUGUUUGGAAUGAAUGUUGGUGGUGUACCAUGGACAACACAGGGAGAUUCUAAUACAAGGGGAGGGUUUCGCAAUGUUUUAGUACUCUGUUUUGCAUUAAUCUUACUCCUACUAUUAUGCUUCAGUGCACCAUAUUUCUACACUCGUCUAUCUGCUUGGAGACGACCUGGAAGAUUAAGGAGGAGCCUGUCAAGGAACUGGAAAUCCUUGUCAAGGAGAAGCAUUCUUGGUGGCAGCUUCCAUGGUGGAGGUUAUCUUUGCUUGUAGGACUCCUGCUCACUACUCCUAAACUUCGAUCAGAUCUAUUAUAUUUUACGUGCUUGUAUCCUCAUACAAUGAAGGAAUAUGUAUAACUACAAUGAGAAUGCCAUGAAACAUCAGGUUUCUUUGAAAGUAAUAAGGGAAAAUUUUAGAAACUAUGUAAAUUACAUGUAGUUCAAUAUGCAUACUUUUCAUUUUCUACGACAACUAUGUGAUCCACUUUAAAAUAUGUUACAUAUCCAUUCUCUAGAAGGUUUUGAACGAUUUGGAUCUCUCUUAGUAAUAGAUGGCUCGCUUAAUGCAGUCUUGACUGUGUUCAGGCAAUUCUUGUCUAAAUAACUCUGGUUUAUAUGCACAUACUGGAAAAAGAGUUUUGUGAAUAAAUUUCCACCUAGGCUGGUCUUCUUUUUCCAAACAGGCUCUUCUAUUCAUGAACCACAACAACUGUCCCUGCUUGUGACAGUUGCUCUUUCGGAUGACCCUGAAAACAUUUGAAAAGGACAUGGCUCUUUUCAUGGUUUGUGAAGCCUUUGUAGAGAACCAACUCUCAGGAACCAUUGUACAGGAGGAGAAUGAACUUUAUUUUGUUGAGAAUGAGACACCUGCUACUGCAAUGUUUGGGACGGUAAAAGAGGCCGAUGGGCUGUACAUUACCUGUUUGAUUCAUGAUUAAUUUCUUGCCGGCAUGCUAACAUCAUUUAGUUUGUAAAGGGAUGCUGCCGCAGCGAGAGAGGGGAAGAUGGGGGUCGACAGGAAAAGAGGGAAAAAUUGAGAGCCCUAACGGCUCUCCAAAAAGUCUCUGCAAAAAAGUCCGACCUGUGCAGGUCGGACUUUUUAGCGAGUUAAAUUUCACCCGUUCUAACGUUUUUUCUGGGUGAAAUUUCGCAACAUUUGAGAGAUAUCAUCUUCAGCGCGUUAAAAUUCAACCGCCUAUACGAAUUUCACCCACUCAACAGUAUUUCCCCAUGCAAUCAAACGGGGCCUUAAUGUCAUAUAAUCUGUAUCGCUCUGUAUCUUUAUCUUUAUGAGCUACGUUAUGAUGCUGUAACUUCUCUAUUUAAACUAUUUGAAUGGAUUAUUGAGAUGUGCGUGAUUGCCUCA